UCUGAGAUAAAUAGUAUUAAGUUGUUUUUAUAUGAUGAUAGGCGUAUAAAUAGAAAACAUUCAAUUUAACGAAAAAAAUUACAGUUAAAAAGAGUCUUUAUUAAUUUUAUAUUUCUUCAUGGUGUAUAUAUGUAGUUAUAUUCCUAACAAUAAAUAACUACUUUUGCUUAAUUUUAAACGGUAAACAAGGGUAUGCUUCCUCAUGAUAAAUAUAAAGGAGAUAUGAUAUACUAUUAAAAAUGCAGAGAGAAUUAAACGAAAUAGUUGAGAAGUCAUUACAAAAAGCCUACGAUCAUAAUAGAACUGGGAACGUAGGAAAAGCAUAUGCAUAUUAUACGGUUGUUGCAGAACUAUGUCCUCCAAAAAGAUUAGAAAUUGAAGAAGCAUUUGUUGAUGUUCUCUGUCAAUGGGGAAUACAGUUAGCAGGUGAGAAUAGAUUUGCAGAUGUUGUUUUAUGUUACAAACGUUCAUUAGAUAUUUAUCCAAACAAUCCUCGUAUGUUAAAUAAUUUCGCAGCGCAUCUCUUAAGGAAUAAUGAUCCAAUAGAGGCAAUAAAAUACUUAAAGAGAGCCCUGCAAGCGAAUCCUAAUUUUUUACCAGCAGAAAGGAACUUGGAAAAUGCAUAUAGCAUGGCUGUAGAUAGAUGGCAUUUUCCAAUGUUAAAUGACAAGCAGAGAAACAUGGCAUUUGAGUGUGUAAUUCGCAAGAGAAUUUCUCAAGGAUAUGAUACUGUAUUAGAUGUAGGAACUGGUACAGGGUUAUUAAGUUUAUAUGCACAGAAUGCAGGUGCUAAAAAAAUUUAUGCCUGUGAAUGUUCACCAGCGAUGUUAAAAAUUGCGGAGAAAGUAUUUCAAACUAACAAUGCCAGAGACAUAAUAUUAUUACCAAAACUUUCUUCGGACCUUGUAAUCCCUACAGAUAUUGCAGAAAGAGUAAAAUUAGUAGUUACAGAAACCUUUGAUGCUGGUUUAUUUGGAGAACAUGUGAUACCAUCCAUGAUGAGCGUACAUUCAAAUGUUUUGGAUAAGAAUGGCAUAGUAAUACCAAUGGGAGCUACACUUUACAUAGCUGCUGUUGAAUGUGAAUAUAUAAGAAACAAAUCAGCUGUGAUGUUUGAUAAAGUAAAACAUUUUUGUCCUCUAAAUUUUGAUAAUGUGUCUGUAUUAUUGGAUGAGGAAUAUUACGACACAGAAAAUUUAAAAAAUGUGGAAGUUAAUUACAUAGUAGAACCCACAGCGUUUUUCACUAUCAAUUUCAACGAUUUGUCGGACUUACAACAAUUUAAUACAGAUGGAAUAAAAAAUAUUAUAGAUAUAACAUGUAAACGUAGUGGUACUAUAGAUGGUUUAAUAACAUGGUUUAAGUUACAUCUUGAUGAGGAAAUAACAAUAGACACUUCAGAAAAAAAAUCAUGUUGGCAAGUUGCCAUUUUUCCUACAAUACCAAAAUCAUUACAGAAAGGUGAUGCAGUUGCAAUUAAGGGAGAAAUGUUGAAAGGAAAACUUAAAUGCUCAUAUUCAUCAAAUAAUUCUCAGUGUGAUAGCUAUGAUCAUAAAUUUUUGUACCGUUUACCAAAAGAAGUCAUAACGUUCUUAAAUGAUGUAGAGUACAUAAAAUUACUUACCGAGGUUAGCAAAUCAUUCAUUAAUAAAGAAAUACACAGUAUUUUAGAUACUUCCCCAUUUCCUAUUUAUGGAUUAAUAUUACUAAAGGAAAAUAAGCAUAGCAAUAUUUUAUACUACAAAAAUGAAAAUAUAGCAUUUCAACAAUUUAUCAAACAAAUAGCAGAACAAAAUGGUUUCAAGGAUAAAUUAUGUAUGAUAUCAAAGUAUGAUCAUAUUUCCGAUUCCUUAGAUACUAUAUUUAUUCAUGAUUUUGACAUUAAAGGAGAAUUGAAAGAUUAUAGUGAGGAAUAUAAUCAUGAAUUUUUUCGAUGUUUACUUAAACCAAAUGGCAUUUUGUUACCUGAACAGAUAUUUUUUGUAGGUCAGCUUGUAUUUUCAGAUGACUUGCCAAAUAUGGUUUAUGUAGAAGAUAAAAAUUUACAAGAUAUAUCAACGUUUGCAUUUAAUACACCAAAUUGUGAAAAGGAAACACAUAAUACUUUUAAUAAUACAACUUCUUAUGGUAUUGCACAAUACAUUAACAAAUUUAAGAUAAAUCAAAUUUUUGAUUUGAAUUCGAGUUUGUAUUUAUAUGAAGCUUUAUCCGAUAUAAAUGUAUUGAUAGAAAUGAGAGAAAAUGAAGUUGCUGAACGUGUGAUAAAUUUUGGAAAAAUAAAUGCAACUAAUAAUAAAUUAUUACCGAAUGCUUUAAUAUGUUGGUACAAAGUCAGAUUGACGUUAAAUCAUAAUUAUGAUACAAAAAGAAAUGGAUCGUUUAUGAAUCAUAUGGCAAUAUUACUAGAAGAUGAAUUAAAGAAUUCCAUUUCACAAGGUAACGAAGUAUGUAUAAAAGUUCUACAAGGUGAAGGUAUAAUUCGGGUAAAAGUAAAAUGAUUUUAAAAAC